AUGCGCAGUCCCUCCCUCACCGCGACAGGGCUUCUCGCUCUCGCCCUCGCGAUACCGACAACAGUCGCCGUACAAGCACCCUUCAACCUGCAAUACGAUCCACUCGCAUUCGCAUCCACCUCGUCCGUCGAUCCAGUCCACUUUGCCGGUCAGAAGGUUAUCCGAUUCAGCACUGAAAACGAUGCACAGCACAAGAAGCUGCUCGAACAGGCACAUGCGUUAGCGCUCGAUGUAUGGGGCGCUAAACUGGGUGCUGCAUGUGGAGCGGACUCGCAAUCAGCGUUUGGAUGCGUGGAUAUCAGGAUGGCGAGUGGGACGGCUGAUGAGGAUCCAUUCCGUGCAUUGGCGAGUGCAGACGAGAUCAUGGCCCAACUCAUGCAGCCUUUCCAGGAGAAUCUGAGGAGCAAGACAUUGAUCGAAGAUCUGGAUCAGCUUCUGCAAGAACAGUCCCGUAGCGCAGAGGCGAGCAUCCAGUCGGGCGGCAAGGCGCGAGAUUGGCACAAACAGUACCACAACUUGGAAGAGAUCGAGGCGUACAUGAGCAUGCUCGAGAACAGCUAUCCUGGGCACGUUCGAGUCGAAGAGAUUGGCAAGACGCACGAGGGAAGGUCGAUCCUGGCAUUGAAACUCGGCCAAGGGUUGCCAACUCAACCACCCCCUUCACCACCGCAAGAUCCGCAACCUCAACCCCCACCUCCCCCUUCCAACAUCACCUCUCUCGCACCCAAGACGGGCAUCCUCAUCACCGCCGGCCAACACGCACGUGAAUGGAUCUCCACCUCCACCUCUCUUUUCUUCGCCUCUGAUCUGCUCCACGCUGCUCUCGGCCCUCCCGCCAACGUAACUACGAUGAAGAAGAAAAAGUCUCGCAAGGGACGAAAGAAGAACACCUGGACUCGCUCCUCCGCACUCGCCGUACUCAAAACCUUCACCAUCACCAUCAUUCCCGUUUCCAACCCAGACGGGUACACCUACUCCUGGACGAAAAACCGGAUGUGGAGGAAGAAUCGGCAGCCGAACAAGUUUCCCUCGGGACUCUUCUGCAAAGGUGUGGAUCUCAACCGAAACUAUGGGUUUGCCUUUGCUUCUUCUGCUUUGGCAAGUCCAUGUUCGGAGAUGUACCCUGGAACCACUCCCUUCAGUUCCGCCGAAACGACUGCUAUCGGUCGUUAUCUCCAGGCUGAGGAGAACAACGUUCGCGCAUACUUUGAUCUUCACUCGUACGGUCAACUCAUGAUGUAUCCCUUCAGCUACGAUUGUUCCCAACCCGUAGCUGACGAAGAGGACCUUCUCGAGUUGGCAUUGGGAGCAGUAUCGGCGGUGAAGAAGGUUCAUGGAAGACAGUUUAGUGCAGGUAAAGUUUGUGCGGUUUACGCAGAGGGUGGUGGAAACAGCAUCGAUUGGAGUUACGCUAGUAGCGAACCCGUACCUGGAACAGAGGCAGAAAAGCGAAGGGUGAAAUGGAGCUUCAGUGUAGAGUUGAGAGACGGUGGUACCUAUGGGUUUCUCUUGCCACCAAAACAGAUCAUACCCGCAGGUGAGGAGGUCAGCGCUGGUCUCAGGUAUAUGUUGGACUUUAUCGGAAAGAAGGAACACUAA